CGUUGGGUAAACCGCAUGGUCCCACAUGUCAGUGAAAUCUGUAAGUGCGGCGCCUUCGGGUUUAGGCACCCCCAAACCCCGCGUGCUCAGCCCGCAUCUACCCCGGCCAAAAUGCCCCGCCGCCUGGCGACGACCUACUCCGGCCGCAUCGCCGCCGCAACACCGUCCCCAUCGGGCCCCUCCCUCACCGUCACCGUCUCCCCGCCCCCGCCCCCCGCCCCGCUCGACCCGCGCGGGUACCCGCUCCCGCGCCGCCACCUCGUCUGCGCCGCCGCCCGCAUCCUCCGCUCUCCGGCCUCCCCCUCCCCGCUGCUCGACCUCGCUGACUACCUCCGCUCCCUCCGCCUCACCCUCACCGCCGCCGAGGCCUCGGAGGUCGUCAAGGCGCUCUCCCCCGCCGACUCGGCCCUCGCGCUCGCCUUCUUCCGCUUCGCCGCCGCCUCCCUCCCGGGCUUCCGCCACGACGCCUUCUCCUACAACCGCAUCCUGGUCCUCCUCUUCCGCAAACGCGCCGACCCCGCCGAGGCGAUGCGGUUCGUUGCCGAGAUGGAGCGCGACAGCGUGCCUGGCAACAUCUCCACGGUGAAUUUGCUGAUCGGGAUGGGCGCGGAGGUGAGCAAGUGCCUGGAGCUGGCGAAGAAGUGGGGGUUGAGGCUGAAUGGGUACACCUACAAGUGUGUUGUGCAGGCGCAUUUGAGGAGCAGGGAGGUGUGGAAGGGGUUCGAGGUGUAUGAGGAGAUGAGGAGGAAGGGCUACAGGUUGGACAUCUUUGCGUAUAACAUGCUGCUGGAUGCGCUUGCCAAGGCUGGAAUGGUUGACCAAGCUUACCAAGUCUUUGAAGAUAUGAAACAAAAGCACUGUGAGCCGGAUGCAUACACAUACACUAUACUAAUUAGAAUGUCUGGAAAGGCUGGGAAGACCUCUAAAUUUCUCUCAUUUUUGGAGGAAAUGGUAUCCAAGGGAUGUGUUCUUAACCUGAUUUCUUAUAAUACUGUUAUUGAGGCUCUUGGUAAGAACAAGAUGGUUGACAAGGUAAUUUUUAUACUCUCUAAAAUGAUUGAGAGUGGCUGCCAGCCCAAUCAAUUCACAUAUAGCAUUAUGCUGGAUGUUUUGGCAACAGAAGGGCAACUACACAGGCUGGAUGAGGUUCUAGAUAUCUGUAGUGGGUAUCUGAACAGGUCAAUCUAUUCUUAUUUGGUCAAGUCACUCUGCAAAUCUGGGCAUGCAAGUGAGGCGCAUAAUGUAUUCUGUCGUAUGUGGAGUUCCCAUGAAAAAGGAGACCGUGAUGCUUUUGUAUCAAUGCUUGAGGUGCUAUGCAAUGCAGAAAAAACAUCAGAGGCUAUUGAUCUACUACAAAUGAUGCCUGAAAAGGGGAUUGCUGCAGAUGUUGGAAUGUACAAUUUGGUUUUUUCAGCUCUUGGAAAGCUGAAGCAGGUGUCUUUCAUAAACAAUCUCUAUGAUAAGAUGAAAACUAAUGGGGUUGUUCCUGAUGUUUUUACCUACAAUAUUAUGAUCUCAAGUUUUGGUAGGGUUGGCUUAGUUGAUAAGGCGUCUGAACUUUUUGAAGAAAUGGAGGCUAGCAGUUGUAAACCUGAUGUCAUCACCUACAAUUCUUUGAUAAACUGCCUUGGGAAAAAUGGAGAUCUUGAUGAAGCCCACAUACUUUUCAAAGAGAUGCAAGAAAAAGGAUAUGAUCCUGAUGUCUUUACUUACAGCAUUUUAAUUGAGUGCUUUGGGAAAUCCAAUAAGAUUGAUAUGGCAUGCAGCUUGUUUGACGAGAUGAUUGCAGAGGGAUGUGUCCCUAAUAUUGUAACUUACAACAUUUUACUUGAUUGUUUGGAGAGACGUGGGAAGACAGCAGAAGCUCAUAAACUUUAUGAAACACUGAAGCAACAGGGGUUGACUCCUGACUCGAUAACAUACUCAAUACUUGAGCGAUUGGAAAGUAGAUCUCAACGAACAGCAAGAAUACGUAAGCCAAGUCGGAUUACAGGUUGGGUUGUGAAUCCAGUAUAAUGACCUAUCCUGGUUCUUGCGGUUGCGUACCUCCUAUGAGGUGAAACUGACUCCAUAAUCUGUAUGCAAUGUUGCAUGUGUAUUGCAAUGCUAUAAUGUCGCCAAAUGGUUACUCGAUCACUAAUGAAAACAAAACUGGCGGUUUUUACGGACAGAAUGAUAAAUUAAGGAUCAAGUGUAUUGUA